AUGAACUAUAUUGAAAUCUUCAUAGUUAUUUUGUUCCCUUUUUUAUUUUACUAUUUUUAUCACAAUAAAAAUGGAGUUCCAACUAAUUGGCCAAUUGUUGGGAUGCUUCCAGCACUUCUAAAAAACAUUCAUAGAAUUCAUGAUUAUAUUAUUCAAGAAAUGGAGGUUGUCAAUAUGACAUAUCAAUUUAAGGGUCCUUGGUUUACUAACAUGGAUCUCUUAAUUACCGUUGAUCCAACUAAUGUUCAUCAUGUUAUGACCAAGAAUUUCGGAAACUAUCCCAAAGGAGAUAAGUUCCGUGAAAUGCUUGAUGUUCUCGGUGAUUCUAUCUCAACUACAGACUUUAAUGUUUGGCAAUACCAUCGAAAAAUGGCUCAAUCUUUCCUAGCUCACCCACAAUUCUACCAAUUUUUGGUUCAAAAAACAUGGGAAAAAGUGGAAAAUGCCCUUAUUCCAAUCCUUGAUCAUGCAUCAAAAUAUGGUAUCGAAAUCGACUUGCAAGAUUUGUUUGCAAGAUUCACAUUCGAUACCAUAUGUGCCAUUAUUACCCAUCAUGACCCAAAAUCUUUGUCACUAGAUAUGCCUUACAUUCCUUCUUCACACGCCCUAGAUGACAUCGAAAAGGCGAUCUUCUAUCGACAUGUAGUGCCACCUUUUAUUUGGAAACUACAAAGAUGGUUAGAUGUUGGAACAGAGUACAAGUAUAGAAAAGCUUGGGAAAUCCUCGAUAGUUUCAUCUACAAAUGCAUAGCUUUAAAGCGAGAAUCAUUGUUAAACCAUAACAAAGACGACGACGACAACAAGUGUAGUACCGAUCUUUUAACAUUAUAUAUCAAAGAAGACGAGAAUAAGAAAGCUUCAAUUGGUAAUCAAGGGGAUAAAUUUUUAAGGGAUAUGAUUUUGAGUAAGUUCAUAGCAGGUAAAGACACAGUUAGUUCUACCUUAUCUUGGUUCUUUUACCUUCUUUCGAAGAAUCCACAUGUUGUUUCUAAGAUCACAAAAGAACUAGAACAUAUAAACAUAGAUAAUCAAAAGGAAAACACAAAAGAAGUGAAUGGUAAGUUGGUUUAUUUACAUGCUUCAUUAUGUGAAACAUUAAGAUUAUAUCCUCCAAUUGCAUUUGAAUCAAAGAACCCUAUUCAACAUGAUGUACUUCCAAGUGGGCAUCAUGUGAAUGUAGGUACACAAAUUAUAUUCGAUGUGUACGCAAUGGGAAGGAUGAAAUCCGUAUGGGGAGAUGAUUGUAAUGAGUUUAAACCCGAGAGAUGGAUAUCCGAAUGUGGGGUGUUUAAAAAUGAGGCAUCACAUAAGUUUUUUUCAUUCAACUCAGGACCAAGAACUUGUCUAGGAAAGGACAUGGCCUUUACUCAAAUGAAGAUUGUUGCUGCCACUAUAAUCAAGAAUUAUGUCAUUGAAGAUGUGAAAGACAAUUGUGUUGUUCCUGAUAUGUCUAUAAUCCUUCAUAUGAAGUAUGGGUUCAAAGUUAGGAUACUGCCUUUAAACUAAACUUUACUUUUUUUUUUCAAUUUGAAAAUUUAAUAUUAUGUAGAAAAAUGUU